UUGUAGUUCGGCGGCUCGCGGCGCUCGCGGCCUUGGCGGGGUGACUCCGCAUCGGGGAACUACAAAGCCCAAGAGCUGAGCGGUCGGAGCCUGAUAAACUUUGAGCGGACCGAAAGACUGCGAAUGUCUCCUCUGCCUUUGUCUGGAGGGGGCUCCUGGGUGGUCGUGAAACUGGGUUGUGUACGCUGGGAGAGGGACGCGGAGGUGAGACACUGCCUCCGCCACGCGGACCGGCCUUCCGAACUGCUGCGCUCCCGGCCCCACCCCUGCCGGCCACCGCCCUGCGCGGGUCUGGUCGGGGAGGAGCCGCCGCCCAGCUGUGGGACCUGGGCCUUCCCAGGGUGCCGCCUCUCGGUGCAGAACCGUCUCUGAAAGAAGAUGAAUUUGGCUGAGAUUUGUGACAAUGCAAAGAAGGGAAGAGAAUAUGCACUUCUUGGAAAUUAUGAUUCAUCAAUGGUCUAUUACCAGGGGGUGAUACAGCAGAUUCAGAGACAUUGCCAGUCAGUCAGAGACCCUGCUAUCAAAGGCAAAUGGCAUCAGGUCCGGCAGGAAUUACUGGAAGAAUAUGAACAAGUCAAAAGUAUCGUCAGCACUUUAGAAAGUUUUAAAAUGGACAAGCCACCAGAUUUCCCCGUGUCAUGUCAAGAUGAAUCAUUUAGAGAUCCUGUGGUCUGGCCACCUCCUGUUCCUGCAGAACACAGAGCUCCACCUCAAAUCAGGCGCCCUAAUCGAGAAGUCAGACCUCUGAGGAAAGAACUGGGAGGAGUAGGGGCCCGGGGGCCUGUAGGCCGAGCACAUCCUAUAUCCAAGAGUGAGAAGCCUACGAGUAGAGACAAGGAUUAUAGACCCAGGGGGAGAGAUGACAAGGGAAGGAAAAAUAUGCAAGAUGGUGCAAGUGAUGGAGAAAUUCCAAAAUAUGAUGGUGCUGGAUAUGAUAAGGAUCUUGUGGAAGCCCUGGAAAGAGACAUUGUGUCCAGGAAUCCUAGCAUUCACUGGGAUGACAUAGCAGAUCUGGAAGAGGCUAAGAAGUUGCUAAGGGAAGCUGUUGUUCUUCCAAUGUGGAUGCCUGACUUCUUUAAAGGGAUCCGAAGGCCGUGGAAGGGUGUGUUGAUGGUUGGACCCCCAGGCACUGGUAAGACUAUGCUAGCUAAAGCUGUUGCCACCGAAUGUGGCACAACAUUCUUCAACGUCUCUUCCUCCACACUGACAUCCAAAUACCGAGGUGAAUCAGAAAAGCUAGUUCGUCUGCUGUUUGAGAUGGCUAGGUUUUAUGCUCCUACCACGAUCUUCAUUGAUGAAAUAGACUCUAUCUGUAGUCGAAGAGGAACCUCUGAUGAACAUGAGGCCAGUCGCAGAGUGAAGUCUGAGCUCCUCAUUCAGAUGGACGGGGUUGGAGGAGCCUUAGAAAAUGAUGAUCCUUCUAAAAUGGUUAUGGUAUUGGCUGCCACUAAUUUCCCAUGGGACAUUGAUGAAGCUCUGAGAAGGAGAUUAGAAAAAAGAAUAUAUAUUCCUCUCCCAACAGCAAAAGGAAGAGCUGAACUUCUGAAGAUAAAUCUUCGUGAGGUCGAGUUGGAUCCUGAUAUUCAACUAGAAGAUAUAGCAGAGAAGAUUGAAGGCUAUUCUGGGGCAGACAUAACUAAUGUGUGCAGGGAUGCUUCUUUAAUGGCAAUGAGGCGGCGAAUCAAUGGCUUAAGUCCAGAGGAAAUCCGGGCACUUUCUAAGGAGGAGCUCCAGAUGCCUGUUACCAAAGGGGACUUCGAAUUGGCUCUAAAGAAAAUUGCUAAGUCUGUCUCUGCGGCAGACUUGGAGAAGUAUGAAAAAUGGAUGGUUGAAUUUGGAUCUGCUUGAGUUUUUGUCAGCUCUUCCAUUUCUGGUAUUUUUGCUCAUAAAGUAUGGAGAAAUUCCUGAAAUUUUUUAAAAAACAGGUUUGCAAUUUUCAUUGGAGAGGUUUUCACUUAGAGGCCAAAGAAAAAAAAAGAAAAAAAUACAACUACAAAGAUAGAUACUAAACACAGUUGAGAAAUAAGAAGAGCUUAAGUAGAAAGCCUGAUCACCUCUCUUCCCUGGCUUUGUGCUGAUACUUUGUAUACUCAUGUGCUAAUAUUUUACACCCAAAGCAGUGUAUCAGGGAGGCCAAGGAAUAUAGCAACUCCCAUUCCAGGAACUUGUUUACAGAAGAUUUCUAAUGAUCUGUUUUUUCUCACUUGCAUUGGUUUAUUUUUGUUUUGUUUUUCAGACGUGCUCUGUGAAUAUGAGGGAUGUAACACACACACACACACACACACACACACACACACACACACACACUGGCAGCAAUAUUGAGUUUGUAUCAAAUUCAUGAAUUGUCAAUAGGAGAAGGAUAGGAAAUAGUGACUUUUCUAAUUAAACCUGUAGUACACACCUCUGACCUACUGUUAGAGUCUAACAUGUUGGCUUCAUUUGUCACUCUUCCCUCCCUCCAUUAGGUAUUAGGUACUGCUACACUGAGAAAUACCCAUGUUCUGUGGUUUGUUCAGUACUUCACAGGUUGUCUCUUAGUCUCUAGUGUAUUUUUCUGGUGCUGCUUAUAUUUUCACACUGGAAAGGUGGGAAGAAUAUUAUUAUUAUAUUAGAGGCACUUCAUUCUAGACUUCUAAUGUUUUUACUUUUCUUUCGGUAUGUUCAAACACACACAGCUAUUAUUAUCUUUUCUCAGCUUCAACACUAUUUGAUUUUGUUAAAUUUGACUUUAGUAUUUAGGAGAAAUACUUUGACAUUCUAAACAGAAUCCCAUGUCUAUGGCUAAGGCAAAACAAACAAAAUCUUUAUCAUUUUCCAGGCAGCUUGUUUCGCAAAGCAGCAUCAUAUAUAAUGAAUGAUGUUUGCUUGAAAAAUUUAAAAUCUUCCUUGUAAGUUAAAAACUUGUACCCACAGCAGGAUUAAGAUAGAAAUGUGACAUACUCAUUCAGCUCAGCAGGAAUUUCAUCAUGAAAAGGAUCAAGUAAAGGUAAAUGGCUAUUACAGCAGAGUACUCUGUUGAUGGUGCUUUGUAGCUUAUAGCAUUUAUCCUUUUUUGGGUUAUUAGUAAACUGCUUUAGUGAUCAAGCUUUUGAAAAUCUGUAUUUGGUGAUCUUGUGAAUUCUCCAUUUGGGAUAGCACCCAGUGAUUUAAAACUCAGAUGUGGGUGCAGGUGUGCACAUGUGUACAUGCGUGCAUGCAUACAUAUAUUUAUUUAACAGACGCUAAAAAUCUCUUAGUAUCUUAAGACAUUUAAUUUUUUUCCCUGCAAGAAUUAGAAAUACUUUCUUCCAGGUAAAUUAUUAGCUUAUUUAAAUAUAUAUACUUAUAUAUGUAAUAUGUAAUAUAUAUUGAACUCUCGUAUUUAUCUGAUGAAUAUAAAUUGUCCUCUUAACUCUGAGAUAUAGGUUAUAAAACGUGAAGUCAUAAGACAUCGCAAUUUUAUUGUAAUUUUGUUAAUUCAUCUAAAAGUUGAAAUGAGUAUUGGUUUCUUCUUCUUAUCUAUUUAUUUAGUCUGAUAUGGAGUCUCACUAUGUUGCCAGACCAGUCUUAAAUUCCUGGGCUUAAGUGAUAUUUCUGCCUCAGUCUCCUUAGUAGCUAGGGCUAUAGAUUUAUGCCAUCAUGCCUAACAGCUUCAUUAAUGGACUUUUCUAAAUGAAGAAAUAAGUCUGAUAGGCUGAGGCAGGAGGAUCAUGAAUUUAAGGCCAACCUGAGCAAAAUAGUGAGAUCCUGUCCCAUAAAUAAUAAAGAAAUAAACCACUGAAAUUAUCUUGCAAGCUAUUAAUAUCCAGUAGUAUACAUAUGUAUUUUUCUUCUAAGAUAUUAGGAACAGUCAUUAAAAUAUUAUUGUGAUUGUUAAACCACAUAUGGGUCUGUGUACCAUUUUCAUUGGUAAAUAGACAUU